AUCCAAACCACAUAUUCCCGCUCAAUCAACCCAUCUACCUUUAUAAAAUAUAUAUCUUGAUUCUUCCAAGAUGUCCCAGCAAAACAACGGCGGACUCCUCGGUGGCCUCGGCGACACCCUCGGUAAGACCGUCGGCGGCGUAACCAACACCCUCGGUGAUACUGUCGGAGGACUAGGCAACACCGUCGGAGGCGUCACCUCCGGCCUGGGCAACACCGUCUCGGGUGCGACUGAGGGUCUGGGAAAUACCACAAAGGGAGUUGGCCAGGGUAUCUCUGGUGGAACUCAGAGUAUUGGGGGUCAGAAGCAGACUGCUGAGAACCCUCUUGGCUUGAGCCAAUAAAUAAGUGGAUAUGUCGACUCAGGAAGGUGUUCCGGUUGGGAACAUAUAUUGAACAUACGAUGGACCCACACUAAUAUUGAAAGUUGAGAUAUUAUCAGUUUCUGUUGAUGUAUUAC